CGCAUCGAGUCAACUAUUUUUAGGAGCUGUGUAGGGCAUGCGUAUUUUUGCAAGAUUUUACAUUUAUUUCACGGCCUCGAUGCAUGUGCAUUGCAGUCAGUAAGGCGUCAGAGAUACUGCCUUUGUUAGUUAAAAAUAGCUGAUAAUUACAAUAACUGAUAAUUCACUGUUUGACCUUGUUGCAGGGCACGAAUUCUAGUGAGCGGCAAAUCGUUACCCAGCUUGCUAACUACCUACGACAAGCAGGGAUCUCUGCAAACUGGCUAAUGUGAAUUGUAAAUCCUUUUCGUCAUAGCAGCUACCGCUAUAUGGUUAAUUUUAUAGUAACUUAAAACACGCAUUAGUUUGUUUACCGCCACGUACUAUUUUAGGAAGAUGUUCGCGAUAAGGUCGGUUGCUUCUAGAUCUUGUCUCACCUUCGUGAAACCACAACUUUUUGGUGCGGGGUUACUCCAUAGCAGUGCUAGCUGCAGAAACGCCAGAGUAGCCGUUGUGCUAUCAGGCUGCGGGGUGUACGAUGGGACAGAAAUUCACGAGGCGUCUGCGAUUCUUGUGCACCUGAGCCGGGGAGGAGCCAAAGUGCAGAUGUAUGCCCCAGAUGUUCCCCAGAUGCACGUCAUCGAUCACGGCAAGGGACAGCCGGCGGAGAAAGAGUCCAGGAACGUGUUAUCUGAAUCUGCACGCAUUGCUCGGGGGAACAUUGCUGACCUCUCCCAGCUCCACACCAGCAACCACGAUGCUGUCAUCUUCCCUGGGGGCUUUGGUGCAGCCAAAAACCUGUCAACAUUUGCGGUUGAUGGUAAGGAUUGCAAAGUGAAUAAAGAUGUUGAACGCAUCCUGAAGGACUUCCACAAGGCGGGCAAGCCCAUUGGGCUGUGCUGUAUCUCCCCUGUGCUGGCAGCCAAAGUUCUGCCGGGGGUGGAGGUGACCGUGGGGCAUGAGGAAGAGGAGGGUGGAAAGUGGCCUUACGCUGGCACCACCCAGGCCAUCACAUCCCUGGGGGCGAAGCACUGCGUCAAGGAUGUCACCGAGGUCCACGUGGACCAGAAGAACAAGGUGGUGACGUCUCCGGCCUUCAUGUGCGAGACCGACCUGCACUUGAUCUUUGACGGGAUCGGAGCCAUGGUGAGGGACGUGCUGAGACUCAGCGGGAAGUGAGGGGUGCACACCUCCCCCCCAACCACUGCACACCAAAGGGGAGAACCAACCCCCCUGCCGCUCUCAUCAGCUCCACCUCUUCACGCUUUUGCUGGAUUAUGAUUCAUUUUGUUGUAUGUCUGUUGUAUAGCUAGGGUUUUGGUAAAUGAUAACAGACAAUAUAGAGCUCCUAAUUUGAUAUUCAGGAAAAAAAAACAUUUUGGAAUGACUUUAACUGCUCUAUUGUGGGAGAUGAUUUAGUCAUUUUUGUUUUUGCAGAAAGUAUGAUGCAGUAAAUACAAUUUUGUAUGUAAACCGCGCAUCCACAAAAUACUUCAGCUGACAAAAACAUUUCCAACAGUAUUUUAACAGGAACAUUGAAUGAAUGGAAUUUUCCCUAAUAUCCAGAAGGUGGCGCUCACAGUCUUUUUGCAAGGUAGCCAUGAAACUGAAUGAUUUUGUGGCAGGUGGAUUGUUUGUGUGAUGAAGAACUAAAGAUCCAAGAGAUCUUUAUUAUAUGUAGCCAAGCAAUCAAAUCAUUGCACUCCUGACAAGAGUGGAAAAGUAUGGCAGUCAAACCUGUAAUUACUGUGUCAAAGCUGUAUUAUUACUGGGCUGUGUGUUAAGAUGCAGAAAUCAGGAAUGGUAUGCGCU